AUGGCGACAGAUAUUACCAAGACUGGGCAGUACCAAGUCAUGGAUCCUGACGAAGUCAUCGUUGGGUUCGAAGGUUUGAUCAAAGUCAUGCAUGUGCUGUAUGGACCUAACUUCGUCGGCGCAAACUUCUCGCCAAAGUGUUGCAACGUUCGCACGGGCGAGAAGAUGGAAAAGAAUGUGCAUCACUGUACACACAAUGAUAUCCAGGGACAUGCUAUAACGAAGCAAUGUUUCUUGAAAGGUCAUCAGUCGUACUGCUGUGAGUGGAUGGAAAUUGAUGGCCAUCGCGUUCGCUGCGGUGUCCGCCUUAAGGUCGAGUCAGGAGGCUGUGGUACGCACAGGUCAAAGUUAAUGGAGCACAGUAACAACCUUCUACUCAAGAAUCUCAUCGCUGGUAAGCUAGAUUCAAUUACCUGGAGGCAACUGAGCGAUCCAGUGAAAAUGGCACAGAAUGAGGCCAAUGCCGCCCAGGGCCGUGUCAUGAACGACACCAAACUGACGAUCCUGGCACAGCAUAGCGAAAAAAUCGAGGAGUUGGAUGCUGUCGGGUUCCUACCACAAGCAGAUCACAGAACCUACAGCAUUCACAUCGCCUUCAACGAGAACAAGAUCCAGCGAGACCGCACGGCAGUAGAAGAGCGCAGACUGAGAGCAGCCGAAAGGAAGUCUGGCCUCACCGUAAACCUCAAAAGAGCGGCUUCAAACAUCAAAGAGGCCAUGACAUCCGAGCAUCCGAACCGCAAAACCGCCGAAGUCGAGAAAAAAGGCCUCCAGGCAAGCUCCCGUGUCAAGAAGUGCAGUCGACCAGACCCUUCUGUCUUCAAGAACAAGCGGGGUGGUAAGAAAGUCUCGGACUUGCCCAGCUAG